GUUAAAUUUGAUUUUGUUUAUGUUGCCAUGUCUAGCAACAUUUCUAUUUCCUUGAGUAAUUUAACUUGAACAUAUUUUUGUAACUGAAUGUUGUUUUUCAGAAACCAUGUCUCGGUACCGCAAAUGCGCAGUUAGAGGCUGUCAGGACAGUGUUUCAGUACGACAUAGAUUUCCAAACCCAACGAAAUUUAUGUAUGUUUUUGUGCAAUGGGUGGAUUGUAUUGGUAAUGAAGCAGUGAGAGAUAUAGACCCCAUAACUGUUUAUAAUAGAUAUAGAGUGUGUCAUGCACACUUCACAGUGGAAGACAAUUAUGGUAACAACAGACUUAGGAAGGAUGCUGUGCCAUCACUAAAUCUUCCUGAUCAACAAAUAUCCAACGCAACUGAUGAAAUUCUUGGAAAACCAUCAACUUCAGCAUCAUAUCAACAGUUGGGAGAAGUUUGCUCAGUUACAACUUCACAACCAGGAAAUCUUGAUGUAACUACAGUAGAACCCAUUGAGGACCAUUAUUCAGAAACAAGUUCCCUCAAGAACAGAAUCUGGAUUAUUGCAUAAGUUACAUGUAACCAGAGAAACCCACUUAAGUCUAAAAGCUAAGAAGCUAUAUAAGAUAGCCAGUCACCUCUCUAGAGCUAAUAGAAGACUAAGAUGUACAAGGAGGUUGAUUAGAAGUACCAGAAGUACAAGAUAAGUAUUAAAUGAGGCAUUGCAGCAUUUGGACAGCACUGUAGCUACUUUUAUCAAAAGCCAGAUCACACUGGCUGGUAGUAAAUCACAGGGACGGAGAUAUAACCUAGAAGACAAAUUGAUGGGACUUAUACUUAUACUUCAUAAACAAAGUGGUAGGGGAUAUCGAGCAUUAUCAAAAAUAUUUGCUUUGCCCUCAAAAAAAACAAUAAUGCAGCUAUUAAACUGGAUUCCCAUCAAUCCAGGGGUAAAUGAUGUGAUUUUUAAUAAUCUUGCAGAAGUUGUUUCUGGCUUAGAUGAAAGCAGCAAGUAUUGUGCUGUAAUGUUUGAUGAAAUGAGUCUGGACCCCCAUAUACAUUUAAAAGUUGCAACCAAAGAAUUUGAGGGCUUUGAAACAAAUAAUGAUGAACAAAGAAGUGCAGUUAUUGCAGAUCAUGCAUUAGUUUUUAUGGUUAGAGGGCUUGUUAAAAAUUGGAAGCAACCUCUAGCAUACACAUUUUGUAGAUCCUCUACAAAAAGUGUAAUAUUAGUAAGGUUAUUGAAGAAAAUAAUAACAAGGUGUCAGCAAGCUGGGCUAAAAGUUAUCUGCACAAUAUGUGACCAAGGAACAACUAAUCAAGCUGCAAUAAAUUACUUAAUGAGAUAUUCAGUACCAUCAGCAUCAGAACAUCCUACAAGAAAAUACUUUUUUCUCAAUGGAGUGAAAAUUAUCCACAUGUAUGAUCCUCCUCACUUAAUUAAGGGCAUAAGGAAUAAUUUGCUGACAAAGAAUUUAGUGUGGGAGUCAGCUGAGGACAAGUACGUGGCUAGUUGGCAGAACAUAGAAACAGCAUAUGCUAUAGACAAUGCUGCUGGAAGCUUAAGGGCAAUGCCAAAAUUGACAGAAUGCCAUGUCAAUAGAAAUUGUAUAAAGAAGAUGAAGGUUUCAUAUGCUACCCAAGUAUUCAUAUAUAUUCAUGACUAUUUUUACCUUUUUAGGAAUAGUGGGCAUACAAGGUGAAAAAUUAUCCGAAACUGCACAAGGAACAGCAAAAGUUCUCAAGUUUUUUGAUGAUCUCAUGGAUAGUGUCAAUGGGUACAGCCUAUAUCCAUCCAGUGGGAAACCCCUGAGGUCUGCUGUAUCUCGAUGCACAGAUCACUUUGAAUUCUGGGUUGAAGCUCGUCAAACAUUAAGAAAGAUGUAUUACCAAGGUUUCUAUACUACAUUUUAUGCUCUGUAAAAUUUUAAUGAUAAGAACAACAGAUGAGCAGAAUAAUUUGUAGCAUUUGAUGUGUAAACACAUAUUCAAAGAUUCGUAUACAUUAUCUUGAUCAAUUCAAUAUUUUACUGUUGAAACCUUUCAUAGCCAGUGUAUAAUGAAUAAUUCUGGACUGUAACUGUUAGGCCUAAUUUCACGAAGAUUAUGAAAUACUAAAUGGAUUUACCAUCACAUAAGCCCAUUUUGAUAUGCUCUAUUGUAAUAGUGAACAUUAUUUCUUGAAAUCCUCAUCAGAACACUGAACAAACAUCGGUUUUAUAUAAAGAUCCUACAUUGUCUAUAUGAACCUCACCAUUACUCACAAAUUUAUAAAAUUACUGAUUGGGUAUUUAAAUUAUUGAUGAAAUAUUUGUAGUAUGAUAAGCUAAUUAAAACCGUAUUGCAAAGCUUCAUUACCUAAUUAGUGGAAUUUGCACCGCAGUUUGCUUUGGCGAAUUCAUUGGCCCCGCCACUGGAAUGAGCGAAACGUGUGUAAAUAGAAAUUUUUGUUUGUCAAUUUGUAAUGUUUUGUGAGUUUUUUUAAAGUAAAAUAGUGUAGUUCCUGAUAGAUCCUAGUGUCAAAAACCUGUGGAAGUGUUUGAUAUCCUGAGUUCUCCGUAUUUGCUCCAAAAACGCCGUUUGUAACAUCUUUGUUUUUGUAUACCUGGACCUAACCUCUCAGCAAAUCCGAUCAGCAGUUUCGCAGUGUUGCCACCUUUAGUUUUCCCUGGUCUGAACCAAUGGGGUAUUUUCCAACUUGGUGAUAUUGUCCUAUUGAUGGCUGAAAUCGAUUGUUUACACCAUUUAUCAAUUGGUAUACACUUUGCACGCGCUUUUUUCACUCAUUUGCUGAAAAAAAUACAUUUGAAAUUCAUACCACCAAAGUGGGUUCAUUUAAACUUCAUGUUUGUCCCUCCGAAAAAAUCAGCCAAUAGGAAUCGAUUUUUUUAAAGGUUCUCAUUAGAAUGUGACGAUAUUUUUAUGAAGGAUAAGCAUCUGCGCUAUUGCCAUGCACUAGGGAAUUUCAUGAAAGUUCACGACUUAGCAACGCUUCUUUAUUCCGAUCAACAGUGUUGUCUCAAUGGUGUACCUGUCUAUAUUAUGUAUGUAUGUAUGUAGGUCAACAUAACUUGGCAACAUUGUGGUUCAACGAGGGUCAAACCGUUGACUUUUGACAGUGACAGAGUUGCGUACCGUGUACCGUGUUUCGUGCUGUUGAUUUUGUGUUAUCCGUUUUGUAACCUUUAUAUUAUAUAUUGAAUUCUUUUGAACAUUACAACAAAAUGUCGGUAAAAAAGUGUCUGAUUAAAGUGUGUUCAAACACAAGUAUUAAUUCGCCUGAUAAAAUAUUCUUAUCAGUUCCGAUAGAUCUUGACAUGAGGAUUCUUUGGUACCAGGCUGCAAGUGUUGAAGGUCCCAUUCCUACCACUAUGUUAUACUGUUGUGAAGAUCAUUUUGAUUUGGCAGAUGAUGCAGAAAACUGGCAAUAUUACAAGACAAUUGGGCAGAGGUUACGACUAAAACCCGGCGUGAAACCACACAGGAACCUGUCAGUUCAGAGUUUAGGUACGUCCCAAUUAAGUCCACCAUCAAAAAAGAGGAAAGCUGAGAUGUUAGAAACAUUAGGAAAAAAGCUUCACUGCAAGAGAAAACCAAGGGCAAAAUUAUUUGAUGAAUCGCAGCCAGGUAUAUGCAGAGAUCUGCAUCAUGAUGAAUCUUGCCAGCAAAACUCGAGUUUGCUACCCCUGAAGAAAGCAACCAAAGGAGUCCAAGUUAUAGUUGAUACGAAAACAGUGUCAACCAGCACACUACCUCAUACUGCAGAAAAGGCUGUUGCCACUAGUCAUCCCAAACGAAAACAGUUGGUUGAAAAGUGCACAGGGAUUUGUAGUGAUAGCACUAAUGGCUCAAGUGGUAGUUCCUCCCUGCAGCUAUCGAGCACUUCAUCAGAAAGCAAUGGAGCAAGACUGAAGACAUCAAAAGAGGAACUAGAAAUAUCUAAAUUAGAGAACAAUAGUCGGUUUUUCUUAGGUUUGCCUGAAGACUGUUUCUAUAUUGUAAAUUUAUUAGUUGAAGAAGGUGGACUGGAUUACAUUGAUGUUUUGAUCACAAUGAAAAAAAUUAGGACAAAUGAUCAGUUUUCAAGAAUAGGAAUUGAUUUUGGUAAAAGCACAAGUGCCAUAUCUAAAAUUUUUAAUAAAACUGUUGUAGUAAUGGCUCCUUUAAUGACACAGUUGAUUGUUUGGCCUCCCAGUUGGAAAAUCAAAAAAUUAGUACCAAAUCAAUUUAAAGCCUAUUACAACAAUGUACAAUCAAUUAUUGAUUGCUUUGAAGUUGAAAUUGAAAAACCUUCAAAUGCACUGCAUCAGGCUAAAACAUGGAGUGAAUAUAAAAAGUGUAAUACUAUAAAGUAUCUUGUGAGUUGUACUCCUAAUGGGCUGAUAAACUUUAUUUCUAGUGGGUUUGGAGGACGUACAACUGAUGUACAAAUUGUUGAGAAAUCAGACUUCAUUAAUGUGAUUCCAGAAAACUGCAUAAUAAUGGCAGAUAGAGGUUUCAAACACAUAGAAACUAUACUGCAUAGAAAAAGCGCAUCAUUAUUAAGACCUCCAAGCAUUAGUGUGAAACAAAAACUCGCCAAAGCAGAAGUUAAUAAAACUAAAAUAAUAGCUGCUUUGAGAGUCUAUAUUGAACGGCUCAUAAGGAGACUACGUGAAUUUGCUAUGUUAAAACCACAUGCCUGCAUACGGUCCAGAAUAGUCCACCUCCUAGACCAUGUGGUGAUCAUUGUGUGUGGUUUAGUAAAUUUACAAGAACGGCUCAUCAAGAAAUAAGUAUUAUUGCCAUGCAAGUCUUGUUUUUUCUAUAUUUUAACAGUACAUAAUUGCAAGUGUAAGAUUGUUUUGUGGUAUAUUAAUACUAACACAGUGAAUUUCUUAGCUACACAUUGUGCACAUACAUAAAGCUAUGAGUAAUUUUGUAAAACACCAAUUUUUCCUUUUGUAGGUUAAAAUACUUGUAUAGGACUUAUUUGAAGCUGUUCUUUAUAUAAUUUUUUAUUCUCCUUUACAACAUUAUCAUUUAGAAACCUCAAAAUAAAUAAAUUACUUGAAUUUACCAAUGCUCUAUGACAUAAAAAUAACUACUUAUUUAGUAAAGUGUAUACUUUGUGUAUUAAAUUUUUGAAAAGCUUAUUAGAUCAACAAUGUUAUGGAAUUCAGGAUUAUUUUAGCUGGUCAGCUGGUGGUAUAUCAUCGGUGAUACUGCAAUAUGUUGUAUGUCGAAAAGAGGUAAUUUUUCAGGAGAGAAAGAAAACUGUUUUUAUCGACCAAUUUUAAAUUUGAAAUUGCUAUUUUUUGUCUACUAUGUAUUUUUCUAUUAGGGUAUUAGUACUUAACUCGAUUUUUUUGUUCAAUGGAAUAUUAAGCAAAAUGCCGUUACAUACGACAUAUUGCAUUGAAAAUGGAAAUAUUUAUGUCACAUACGACAAUUUUGUAAUCC